GAAAUGCUCGGAUCCGGAGCAUACUCGACGGUUUACAGAUGUGUUGACAAGGAUAGUCAAGAAGAAUGUGCAGCGAAGGUGAUAAAGCUGAGGGAAAUGGCUGCGGAUGAGGUCGAAGCGCUCCACAUUGAGGUGGGAAUCCUGGAACGAAUCAGGCACCCAAAUGUACUAAACCUUAGAAAUUUUUACGAGGACCCGAGAACUUCGAAUAAUCAAGCUCCUAAAGCCUACAUUGUUACUGAAAUACUCAAUGGAGGCGAGCUCUUCGAUCGCAUAGUCCAACGCACUUACUACUCCGAACACGAAGCGCGCAAAGUCAUCCAAAUUCUGUACUAUAUCGGGUGGGCAUCAUCCGUGCACCGUGAUUUGAAACCGGAAAAUCUGCUAUUGAAGUCUACGAAGGAUGAUCAUGAAUUGAAAGUUGCUGAUUUUGGAUUUGCUGCAAUUGUCACAGACGGCUGCCUCUCGACACAAUGUGGUACCCCAAAUUAUGUGGCACCAGAGAUUCUAGAAAACAAACAGUAUGGUUGUGCUGUCGACAUGUGGUCAUUGGGUGUUCUUACUUUUGUUCUUCUUGGCGGAUAUCCACCCUUUCAUGAUGAUAAUCAAGCAGAGCUGUUCAGGCGCAUAAAAGAAGCAAGCUACAAAUUCGACCCACAGCUUCGACCAGCGUUGUAUUGGGAUGUUGUCAGCUCCGAUGCAAAGGAUUUUAUUCGCAAGCUUCUAAAUAGGGACUCUGACCAGCGCCUCACCGCACAACAAGCCAUGCUUCAUCCUUGGCUC